GUGCGUGUGCGCGUGCCGGCCCGGCCCCUCGCCCGGCGGAGCUGUCAGUCAGGCGGCGGCGGCCCCAGCCCCGGGUGAUGUCAGCGGAUCAGCUGCUCUAUACAAAGCGGAGCAGCCGGGCGGGCGCACGCAGCAGCGCAGCGCAGAGGCACCGGCGUGGGCGGGCGGCGAAGCAGGCAGCGCCCGGCCGGCACCGCAGAGCAGGCAGGCAGGCGGGGAGGCAGCGGCAGGAGCAGCAGCAGCCCCGCAGCCGGCCAUGGACAGCGACGAGGAGAUGCUGGAGGAGACGGUGGAAGGGGUCCUGGAUGAUGAUGGCUUGCCGCAUGGGUUCUGUACAGUCACCUAUUCGUCCACAGACAGGUUUGAGGGAAACUUCAUACAUGGCGAAAAGAAUGGCCGCGGCAAGUUCUUCUUUUUUGAUGGAAGCACACUGGAAGGGUAUUAUGUGGAUGAUGCUCUGCAAGGCCAGGGAAUCUACACUUACGAGGAUGGAGGAGUUCUUCAUGGCACGUAUGUGGAUGGAGAACUAAAUGGACCAGCCCAGGAAUAUGACAGCGAUGGGCGACUGAUUUUCAAAGGGCGGUACAAAGAUAAUAUUCGACAUGGAGUGUGUUGGAUAUAUUACCCAGAUGGAGGCAGCCUUGUAGGAGAAGUGAAUGAAGAUGGUGAGAUGACUGGAGAAAAAAUAGCCUAUGUGUAUCCUGAUAGGAAGACUGCAUAUUACGGAAGGUUCAUAGAUGGAGAAAUGAUAGAAGCAAAACUGGCAACCCUGACAUCUGUAGAGGAGGGGAAGCCAUACUUUGAGCUGGUACCAGGCAGUCCGGUAUACAAUUUUGAUAAAUCUACUUCAACGUGCAUUUCUACAAAUGCACUUCUUCCUGAUCCUUACGAGUCAGAGAGGGUGUAUGUUGAUGUGUCUCUCAUUUCCAGUGCUGGGGAAGGACUGUUUUCUAAAAUAGCAGCAGAAGCUAGCACAGUUAUGUCCUUUUACAAUGGAGUGCGAAUUACACACCAGGAGGUGGACAGCAGAGACUGGGCCCUCAAUGGAAACACAAUAUCCCUAGAUGAUGAAACAGUCAUAGAUGUGCCAGAGCCCUACAACCAUCCUGCCAAGUAUUGUGCCUCGCUGGGUCACAAAGCCAAUCACUCUUUCACUCCUAACUGUGUUUAUGACCCGUUUGUUCAUCCUCGUUUUGGGCCAAUCAAAUGUAUCCGUACCAUCAGAGCUGUGGAGAAAGAUGAAGAACUAACAGUGGCUUAUGGAUAUGAUCACAAUCCCACAGGGCAAAAUGGGCCAGAAGCACCAGAGUGGUACCAGGAGGAACUGAAAGCCUUCCAGGAUGCUCAGCAGAAGUGAAAUGCAAGCUAAUUCUCAGUUCAGCAAACUGAAACAAACUUGGAUCUAUGCACUACCUUUGUACUGAAAACUGGACAACCAGGGAUUGUUCAUGUUGUUGCAUCAUAACCUCUCAUUCUGUGUUAGAGAAGAUUAUCUUUUUUUUUUUUUUUUUGCAUACUAACUAGAUUUGACUGUGUUAAUCAUAGCAGAUUUAAAAUUAGCUAGCGUUGCAGCAGUCUUACCUGAAGGAAUCACUUAAUAUUCUAUACAAGGUGUGAUAUUCAGUAGCUUAUGCUUUUGCACCAUUUGCAAGGAUGCCAAAAGAUUAGACAGAAAAUUUAAAAGGAUACAUCAUUUACUUUUAGUCGGCUGACUUCAGUGUUGCUAUAUCUGCAAUCUAGGCAUUAUUGUGCAAUUGUAUUUUGCAUACAUGCCAUUUGUGACGGAAAUGGUAACAUUUUGAUAUUCUCUAAUAGUAGCAUAAUUUGCCUUUUUAAACCUUUUGAUCUGAAUCUUGCAAUAGAGCAGUUUGUUUAUUAGUGUAUUGGAGGUUGGGUUUUUAACUCCCUUUUCCUCUUGUCUGAACUUCAUUCUUUCUACAUUUCCUCUUUUGCAGGAGAAAACCUUUCUUAUGGAUGGAAAGGUUUGUGUGUGUGUAUGUGAGAGUGCUGUGUGUUGGUCUCUCUGGCUCUCUAUAUAAAUAGUUUUAGUAACGAGUCCAAAAGGAGUAAUUGUCUGGCCUUUGGGGCUAGUAUAUCUUAUUUAUGAUUAUCAUACACAAAGAUAAUUUGCAGGAAGAUGUGCAAAGAGGAGAAAGUGGUUUCACUUUUAAGAAGCUAUUAUGGAUAUAUGUUCAGGAAGGAAAAGAAUAUUUGCCAAGGUAGCACCUAAGGGUUUCUUUUUUAGUGUCUUGUUUACCUGAAUGACUCAUUAAGGCAGAAUUCUAACUUCAAAUGCACUUCUCCUAAUGACUUCAAAAGGAGAGAACUGUGUGUAUCUGAGGGUAGACUGUAAUAAUAGGUUAGGAUGCAACCCCCAGCAGGUAAAUCUGGGGAGAGAAGUGGGGUUGGGGCAGAUUGAGGCCAAGGGAGAAAAAAAUUAUGUGGGGGCGAGCCUCCCCAGCAGGUAUGUCCCACUUGGCCAGGGCCACACUCAGCUUACCCUGCUCCUGCCUUUGCGGCACUGUCCCUCACCACAGGGGCCUCAAUCUAUCCCCCACCCCCUCCCUCCUCCACGGACAGACCUGCUGGGCUGGGGCAUGUGUGUGCAUGCAUGCAGGCACUCAAUCCCCCACCCUAGCCUCGAAUCGACUCCAAGAGGCUCCAAGAUCUACCACAAGAGGCUCUGAGAUCUACUGGUGGUGACCACUGCUACCCAGGUUUUGUUCCUAGGAAGUGAAUGUAGAAGUUGGUAACAAACUAAGAUUCCACCAGCAGGUGCAAAACAGUUGUAUUGAAAAACUGAAACCAGGAAGUCAAAAACAUCAGUUGUUCCUGGUCAGUAGUUUAGAAAGCACGGACUUAAUUUUAUGGACCUAGUUCAGCAAAUGAUACGUACUUUUGAGCAUUCAUGUGUAAAUUUAAAAAAGAGAAAAAAGAAACGCUAGUGUUUCAAUCAUUUUGUGAGUCUUAGCUAAUGUUGUGGGGAAAAAAUAAGAGGGUGCCAUUUCAGUCUAGAUAAUCAGGCCCUUGUUGGGUCUGCAGUCCUGCUCUGACAUUCUGUUUUGGGUUUUUUUAGGUAGCUUAGGAAAAGCAAUUGCAGUACACUUACUUUUAAAUAGUCGUAGUUUAUUAAGUGCUUGUAUAUAUGUAACAUACAAAAUUGUGGGGAAAUUUGACCUUAAUUUCAACUGCAACAGUAGCAUAUUUGAGCUGUUGCUUUAAGUGUUGGAGGUGUCCACUUCAAAGGAGAGGAGGAAACUUCUGACUGUAUGGAACUGGAUGGUAUUGGAAAAUGCACUGGGAUGGACCAAAGAGAUGGGAAAAUGAUGAUGUUCUUCUUUGCUGUCUGAGAAUCCCUGGCUGUUUGUACAUACAAAAUUUAUGGAAUUCACAUAAGGCCAUCUUUUUUUAUUUUUAUUUGGGGCUCUUUCUGAUUCCUGCAGCUGAAUACAAAGCCUUUUCAGGGCUUGCACAGAAGCUAUUUUUUGUGUAUGUGUGCUGGAGGAGAAAUGAGGUAUGGGCUCCCAGGGCUCCAUGGCACUCUUCCAGCACAGAUCUGAACGUGGACUUUCUCAACACCCACCUCCUCACUAUGGACACUCUAGCCACAUCUCUUCCCCUCUUUGUAUACAGGGCAGGUGGCCUAUACAGAUGAAAUUUCUGACUCGGUGCAGCAUGCUGAGGGGCAAAUCUGAUCCUUGCGCAUGGUAGGGAGUUAUCAAAGGCUGCCCGACUUCAGCAGAUCAGUCUUGAAAGGAAAUAGGAAUGCUUGAGUUCUAUUCCUGCAUGCCCACAGAUAGCCAUUUAAGAGCAUCACAGUCUUGCAACUGCUGCUUUAUAGAACCAUGCUUUUUCUUGAAUGAUAGUAGCUAAUUCUGUGACUCAUGGAUUUUUCUUCCAUGACCGUAAAAUCUGAAGAACUAGGCUUGUGUUUCAUUGGGAAAUAAAAAUGAUCUGGGCCAACACUGCUGUGAAUGGGUAGUAAACUAAUAUGACUUAUUUUAGAUAAUCAGAUAACUCUCUCUCCCUUAAAUCUUGUAUAAAAUGCUCUCUCCACUUUAACGUUGAUCCCUGCUUCUGGUGUUAACCACAGACUAUGGUCCCUGAAAGUUACCUACCCCUUUUCUGGUUUUCUAAGGCAAAUAUAUGAGAGGGGUUCUUUUGCACAUUACAGACAAGGUUAAAUCCUCAGGAUGUCAGUUGUGUUCUUAUUGCUUUUAAAAAGCUGUUCCUUUCAGUGGUAAGGAAGCUGAUUCUUAUGUUGAUUUGAGUUUAUGGAAGCCUGAAAUUAUGACUGGCAUGAUGAAUAUUGAAUGUGUCUCUUUACUGUGCUGUUACUUCCCUCUGCUCCCUUAGAAUCUCUUGAGCCUCAUGAUAAUCCUUCUCUGGAUCUCUCACAACAGCAGCAUCUCUGGUUUGAGUAAGGAAUUGAUCCUUUUAAUUUCUUCAGAGGUCUCUCAGUGGGGUGGAAAUUGCUGGGUUGAAUGAAUACUUUGGUGGUGAGAGAACCUGGUGAUGGUUUUUCAUUUGCCUUCAUGGCUUUUUUGGAAGAAUAAAGGGUUCUUGAGCCAAAGUACAUAGUUAGUGUCCAUUUAAUUCCCUGUCCCAGUCUAGAACUUGUAGCUUAAUUUUCAGGGCUUCCAGAUUUAGAAAAAAGAAGAAAAGAAAAAAGAAAAAGAGCUCUGGGUAACGAGCUGUUAGGCUUUUAAGAGACCUGCACCAGUUCUCUCUUCCCUUUUGUGCCUUGCAAAAAUAUGCAGAGCGAUCCAUAAGGGAAUAGAUGUAUGAAAUUAUAUAGCUAAUUUGAAAAUAGAAAAUCAAAAUAGACACAUAAAAGCUAUGGCUUUUGUCAGUGACUAGUUUAAAAUGAGUGGAGGGUAGAAAGAUUUGACUACAUGCGUAUUCUCUACUUCGUUUUGGCUUUCCCUGAUUCUGAUUGUAGUUCACCUUGGACUCUGCUUUGAACUGAUUAUAAUUGUAGUGGUUACCUUCAUGAUGAUCUCAUUUUUUUUUUUUUUUGGAGGGUAUAGAUAGAGCUUUUAAUUCUUAAACAGCUAAAACCUGAAGGGUAGCUAAUGUUAAACAGUUGGCAGAAUCCCCCAAAAAACUGUCAGAGACACCAUUCUAAUGCUUUGCUCUCAUGAAAACAAGAAAACUCAGCCGGGCUGGAAGAGGAAUUGUCAACUUCCAGCAUGUAUUUUGGGGACAAAGUUAGCAUUCCUAUAGUUUAUUGUUAGCAAUUGCUGAAUAAUGGAAAAUGUGGCUUCCCUGCUUUAAGACUUUGGAAUAAGACUGAUUCGUGUAGUGUGUUUGCAUUGCCCUGAUACUUAUAUGGAUGUCAUUUGUAUUUCAGUGGAACCCAAAGAUACCACGCCAAGAUUGUGGCUCAGAGCCAUAUUAUAAAUGCAAAAAGAAACAUUGACUGUCCUAAAGAGCUUACAAUUCUUUGCCAUUUUUGCCUGACUAGAUGUUUAUUUGGAGACGUCUUAUUUGUGGUUGCCAUAGAGGUACAGGAUUCCCUAAAAUAAAUUUUCUUAUUCUUUUGGACAGAUGUGUCCAAAAGGUCUCUGCUUGUAUGGGGACAUGGCCCACAGUCACAUAAGUGGGAACUUACAAUUUGUGGUGCCUCAAAGACUUUUUGAGGUGCCACAAAAUACAUGCAGCACAUGUGGAUCUGUUCCUUGCACUUCAUAUUUGCAGCGUGGCAGCAAAAUUAGAUACCAGGAAAUCCUGGUAUCUUAAAUAUUUAAAUAAAUAAAGGCAGGGUGGCACACAUGGUUGCAGCAUGCACUGCCAGAAGAUGGAGCCUGGCCAGCAAGAGACAUGCUCCAGCUGCUGGUCAGGCUCCAAGCACCUGGAUCACUGCUGCUGCAGUCCUGGCAGGCCCCCAGGAUCCCAGGUAAGGUUGCUGGGGCCAGCCCAGGUGCUGGCCUCGGCCUCCCCUACCCCACCUGUGGCAAUUUGCCCCACACCAGAGCAAACAUACAGAGGUGUGAAUGGGGAUGAUUAGCAGCAGCACGUAUUUGUGCUAUUGCAACUUGUUCUUGGGUGAAAUGUACGUUCCCACUUGUGGAGGCUUCUUCCAAAGGCACCGAUUAGAAUUGUUCUUUAAAAGCACAAUGACAUAAAGAAAAAUUGCUGUUUCCCAGUUUGAAAUACUGUACUAAUAAAUGGUGCCACAGUGACCUACCUUCUGCCUGUACUAAAAACUGUUUUUUCUACUGCAUUAUCAUGAAUGUGCUCAGAAUAUCUGUAUAGAGAGUGUGAAAUGUCAGGACUAGCUUUAUCUGUUGUGAUAGAGGACCUGCAUGGUCGCAGUUACACCAGUGGGAGUAUUUCUUGGUCCGUUUUCUUUGUGAACGAAUGGCAUCAGAACCAUGUGUUGGAUGGAAGUAAUGCUCCUAAAUUGGAUUUUGAACAAGUUAAUUUUUGCAAGAUUGAUUGAUUGCAUGUUCACCUGUCACAGAUCAAAGGUUUUGAAUGCUAAGCUCUAUCUAUCGAAUAGAUCCUCCUCCUGGCUCUCUUCUUUCUUCAGUAGGCUGACACUGACCUACUUCUCUCUUCUAAUUUAAUUUUAAGUAUAUUUGAGUUUAAAAUACAGACAUUUCUUCCUUGUAUUUUUUUUAAAAAAGAACUAUGUACACAAAUUUAAAGCAAUGAAAUGUUCAAGCCAUAAAACCAUAAGUGUGGGGAAACCCUUUUCACAAGUUUUAACAUGUUUGUAUGUAACUUGAUGUUUGUACGAAAUAUUUUCAUGGUAGAGUGAAUAUUUAAAAAAAGACUAGUUCCCAUGUGAUUUAAGCCAAAUUUCCAAGGAUGUCUUUUUGUAAGAAGUAAGAAUAACAGACUACAAGUAGAUGAAACUUUUAAAAAUGUGGAGAUGCAGUAAAUUUUGCUUAUCAUAGCAAAUAAUCUUACUGGCUGUUGAGAGAAGAAACAUGCAGCAUUGCACAUAGCUGUCACAAAUUAUUUUAAUAUCAAAGCCAGUUUUAGCUGUCCCUAUGUGAUAUCUAUUGUAUGAACACACCAGCCUCUGCCUUCUAUAAAUCUCCUCUAAAACUUCCUACUGAAAUUAAUUAUGUUGAAAUAUAACUACUGGGUGAAUUAAAAUUUAGACUAAAAUUCUCUGUUCUGUAGGUUGAUUACUCUUGACAGUUUCUGCUAGGUUGUCUGCUAUUUUCACAAUUUUUUUAGCCCAAAAUUAAUGGGUCUCUAUGUUCUGAAGAACUAAGUGCUAAAGAAUCUGCAGUUGGGGUAAACAUUUAUUUAAAAGUUAACCCCACAGAUAUUUAACUUGUAUAAAGUACUUGAUAGGUGUUUUAUGACAUUUGUACUAGAACUAUGAGCCUUAUUGAAAAACUCUAGGUUUAUUUAUGACCUUUAAAAUAAUGGAUAACUCUAAAGAAAGAUGUUUACAUGAAUGAUGACUGCCCUUCCUUUGUUAUGAAUGAAUUUUUAUAGUGCGUUUGAGUGUAUGUGCAAGGCAGGAAAAAUGUUUCUGGGGAAAAAUAGACUUGACAAACAUUUGUAAUAAGAAGUGAAUUUUAAAGAUUGCUUUAAUUGCGCUAUAAAGGCAAUGCAGAAAUUAAAUGAAAUAUUCAAUCCAACAGAACAA